CACCGGGCUGCCUCAGGACGUCAACACACUCCCUCCUCACUAGACUAAUUAGGGAGAGCAGGGGAGAGAGUCUAAAUUCACACACUGCUGCUUCGUCCCCCUGCAGUGUAGCCCCAGGGUUUAAACCACACCUUUUUACCUAGCCACAGUUUAGAGAAAAGGACGUUUGGGAGCUAAAAUGGAGGAGACGUACCUGCUGAACUACCCAGGAGUCAAGAAGAAGAUUCUGGCAGGCGGGAAUGGUCCAAUGCCCCACUUUCCACCGGGGACCAAGCUGGUGUUCCAUUUCCAGACGCUGUUGGACAACUUUGAGCGCACGGUGAUUGACGACAGUCGUAAAGCCAAAGCCAAAGUGCCAAUGGAGAUCUUUGUGGGGAAGAUGUUCAAGAUGGAGGUGUGGGAGACUCUGCUGACCUCCAUGAGGAUCGGAGAGGUGGCUGAGUUCUGGUGCGAUGCUGUUCACACAGGCUUGUACCCUAUCGUGUCCAAGGGGAUGAGGCUGAUUGCCCAGGGCAAGGACCCCCUAGAGGGCCAGAGGCACACGUGUGGCAUGGGGAACAUGUUCCACUACAACACUACUGGCUGGCCUGAGCUGGAUGAACUGAUGAGGACACCUCAGGCACUGAUCUUCAUCAUGGAGCUCAUUCAGGUGGGAGACCCCUUCUCGUACAAGCGGGAGUCGUGGAUAAUGGACAAGGAUGAGAAGAUGAAGGAAGUGCCCUCGCUCCACCUGCAGGGCAAUGCGCUGGUCAGACAGGGACACUUCAGAGAGGCUGCCAAGAAGUACCAGGAAGCUGUGGUGCUACUCCGGAUUGUACUGUCCAAGGAGAUGCCAGGUGAUGAGGACUACAUAGCCGUGGACAGGCUCAUCACCCCCCUAGUGUUGAACUACUGUCAGUGCAUGUUGGAGCUGGAGGAGUACUAUGAGGUUCUGGAGCAUACCAGUGACCUGAUACACAAACACAAAGACUGUGUCAAGGCGUACUACAAGAGGGCCAAGGCCCAUGCUGCAGUGUGGAACGAGAAGGAGGCCAAGAGAGACUUCAACAUGGUGGCCAACCUGGACAUCACUCUGGCCCCUCUGGUGCACAAAGAGCUGAGGUUCCUCGCUGACAGACUGAAGGAGAAAUACUGGGAAGAGAAGGAGAAAUACUGGAACUGCCUGGAGCAAGAGGAGAAAGAGGGGAAGAAAGAGGAAGAUGAGGAGAAGGAAGAUGAAGAGGGCAAGAAAGAGAAGGAUGGUGAGAGCACAGUGACCAAGGUGAAAGAGAAGGAGAAAAGCAAAGAUAACUCAGCCUCUUCCAAAGAGGAAGUGAAAGAUGUCAAGGAUGACAAGCAGAAUGAGACAGUGUGGAAAAAGGCUAUAGAGAAGGAUGGAACAACCAUUACUGCUACAGUGAAGGAUAAGGCUAAAGUGAAGGAUAGAACUGCCAAUCAGGCUACAAUGAAGGAUGAAACAGCCAAUAAGAGGACAGAGAGCACCCCGGAAACCCAGCCAGAGACCAAUCAGAGUGCUCUGUCUGUGAUAGAGGGGAUGGACUGGCAGCAGAAGUUACGACACAUCAUGUUCCUGGAAAAGGAGGGUAACUUCCUGCUUACAGAACAGAAACACAGCGAGGCCACAACAAAGUUCAAGGAGGCUCUGGAGUACGUGGACUUCAUUCAAAACAAGGAGGUGUGCUAUAAAGACAGGAGGGAGGACUGGGACUCUCUGGAGAAGGUGCGUGUGCCGAUCACUCUCAACCUCAGCCAGUGUCUGCUGGAGCUCAGGGACUACCAGGAAGUGGUGGCGCUCAACACCAAGCUGCUCAAGAAACACAGAGAUAACUUCAAGGCAGUGUACCAGCGGGCCAGAGCCCACUCGGCUCUGUGCAACGAGGAGGAGGCCAGGAAUGACUUCCAGAAGGUGGAGCGUCUGGAGCCCAGGUUCAAGCCCAUCGUCAAUCAGGAGAUGAAGAGGCUGGGCGAGAACCUCCGGAACAAGCACAUCAUCGACAAGAAGAACUACUGGGAAGCUACAGAGGAAAAAUGGGGCCCAGAGGGCACCAAGACCAAAGCCAGGAAAGUAAAGAAGACAGUGAAGUUUCAAGAGGAGAAAAAAGUAGAGGGGAGCGUUCAGAAAGAAGGGGAACCAGGGAAGACUGUAAAAGAGGGAGGUAGUGAUGGAGUGAGAGAGGGGAAGAAACCAGAGGGAAAAGGAGAGGAGGGGAGUGCGAAGAGUGCGGAGAAAGCAGCCAUUGCUGAGAAAGAGGGAGGCAGUGGGGGAGUGGAGAAGGAUAGUGGGAAAAGAAGAGUGAGUAUAGAGGUAGAGAGAGAUGGACAGGCGGGGUUAGUUAACAGAGCAGGAGAUAAAGAGACCGAUAUGGCACAGACCAAUGAAGGCAGAGAUAAUGUAGCCACAGAGAGAUCAGGGAAGGAUAAGGCUGCGAAAAAGGGAAAAUGUCACUUAACUGCCGCCCAGGAAGUAACCAAGGGAAGCACAGGGAACAAAGGCACCAAUGAGAGUACAAGAAGCAAAGCCAUUCAAUCCGAAUCGACCAAUAGGAGUCCAUUAGCCACCGCUGCCCUCCCUAACCCACAGGCCACAGAGGUACUUUCAGAGGUAGCUGAGGAGAGAGUCGGGUUAGACACGCAGAUCAACAGACCUAACAAAGGAGAGGCAGGGGAAAGCAAAAUGAAUGAAGGGAGUAAAUCAGAGGGAAAGAGUUCUGACGAACAGCUGUGUUCAUCGGAGGGGGCGAGCCACACCAAAUCUGGGGUCUCGACUGGAAACCCGUCUUUCAAGUCCAAGCGUAAACACAAGAAAAAGAAAUGAAGGAUGCUCUGGCAUUGAUAUGAUCAUUAAGUAUCAUGUGAUGAUUCUCAUAAUUCAAUUCAGGAUCAUCGCUUGAGGCAUACACCCAACACAAGCAGACGUUCUGUGUAGCAAAUACAAAUUUUAUUUAUCCUUUUGUACACAAAGAGUAGAAAGCAGCCAGUAACCCACUCGUUAUUAAAAAGGCAUUUCUUUCACAAACGUUUUAUACAGAUUAAAAACCAACCGGGAGGACAGCAAUAGGGAGGAAUGUUAGUACAGUACAUAAACAAUGAAAUAAAUGGCAUUGACACAUUAGUCAAACAAAUCAUCACGUAAUGAGGCGUGGUAAUGUUAGUUUAAAAAAAUUGACUUCAGAUCAAAAUUAAAAUAGAGAUGAUGAUUGUUUUUUUGUGUGUUUUUUUUCGGCAGCGUGGCAUCUGCCUGUGUCGUAGCAUAGGCUAGUGUAUGUUGUCAUAGCUCUGAUUCCCGUAAGAGUUCAGGUGAUUCAUGGCCCUGCCGUGUUACAGAGCGCCAAACAACCCUCGCUGUGUCUCGUAAACGAUGCCAGAGUGCACAGAACUCAAACAUGGAAGGUCUCGCAGCUUGCAUGUUGGGAUAAAUGAGCGUGCUCGUUAACGGGUUGACCCCACCAUAUAUAGCAGGGGGCACCACCCGUGGGCCAUGUUCUCUAAACUCUCUCUGCCUCGCUCUGUCUCCAGAGAAGAGCGCUUUCUCUUCAAUCCAACUGAAGAUGGUGGGACUAGUUCCCCAGCGUGCGGUCGCGCUACGGGGAGUUACUGGUUCUAUUUGAUUUUAGAACAUUAGAUGCCUCAGAUGGAUAAUCACAUGACUACAGAGAGACGUGGUGUGGGCAGUAUAAUUCAUUGUUAACACUCCCUCAGAGAAGAAAACGCUUUUGGUGGGUUAGUCUUCAGGGGGCCACUACAAAGACAGUAGUGGCUUCUGGGAGUUUGAGUAAGAGGGGCACAGUGAAGAGCUACAGCUCUGCUGCAUUACAAACAGACCAUAUGAAUAUACAGUGGCAAGAAAAAGUAUGUGAACCCUUUUGUAAAUACCUGGAUUUCUGCAUAAAUUGGUCACAAAAUUUGAUCUGAUCUUCAUCUAGGUCACAACAAUAGACAACUGAACACUGAACACACCGUGUAAACAUUCACAGUGCAGGGUGGGAAACGUAUGUGAAUCCUUCGCUUUAAUAACUGGUUGACCCUCCUUUGGCAGCGAUAACCUCAACCAAACGUUUUCUAUAGUUGCGGAUUAGACCUGCACAACAGUCAGGAGGAAUUUUGGACCAUUCCUCUUUACAAAACUGCAAAGGUUCAGCAAUAUUCUUGUGAUGUUUGGUGUGAACUGCUCUCUUGAGGUCAUGCCACAGCGUCUCAAUCGGGUUGAGGUCAGGACUCUGACUGGGCCACUCCAGAAGGCGUAUUUUCUUCUGUUGAAGCUUUUCUGUUGGUUUACUUCUGUGUUUUGGGUCGUUGUCCCGUUGCAUCACCCAACUUCUAUUGAGCUUAAAUCGGCGGACAGAAAGCCUAACAUUCCCCUGCAAAUUGUCUUGAUAAACGUUGGAAUUCAUUUUUCUGUCUGAUAGUAAGCUGUCAGGGUCCCGAGGCAGCAAAGCAGCCCCACACCAUGAUGCUCCCUCCAACAUACUCUUCAGUGGGGAUGAGGUUUUGAUGUUGGUGUGCUGUGCCUUUUUUUCUCCACAUAUAGUGUUUGUGUGUCCAUUCCUAACAACUCAACUGUAGUUUCAUCUGUCCACAGAAUAUUUAGCCAGUAGUGCUGUGGAACAUCCAGGUGCACUUUUGCAAACUUCAGACGUGCAGCAAUGUUUUUGUUUAACAGCAGUGGCUUCUUCCGUGGUGUCCUCCCAUGAGCACCUUUCUUGUUUAGUGUUCUACGUAUUGUUGACUCGUCAACAAAGAGAUUGUUCCAGAGAUUUCUGUAAGUCUUUAGCUGACACUCUAGGAUUCUUCAAUCUCAAUGAGGUUAAGAAGAACUAGAUUACCUGGGGCGGCAGGUAGCCUAGUCGUUAGAGCGUUGGGCCAGUAACCGAAAGGUUGCUAGAUCGAAUCCCUGAGCUGACAAGGUAAAAAUCUGUCGUUCUGCCACUGAACAAGGUAGUUAACCCACUGUACCUAGGGCGUCAUUGUAAAAUAAGAAUUUGUUCUUAACUGACUAGUAAAAUAAAACGUUUGUCUAUUGUUGCGACUUAGAUGAAGAUCAGAUCCAAUUUAUGAGAAAAUCCAGGUAAUUCCAAAGGGUUCACAUACUUUUUCCUGCCACUGUUGAAGUCGGGAGUUUAAAUACACCUUAUGGAUUUAAAUAUGGAUUUAAACUCAGUUUUUCACAAUUCCUGACAUUUAAUCCUACUACAAAUUCCCUGUUUUAGGUCAGUUAGGAUCACCACUUUAUUUUAAGAAUGUGAAAUGUCAGAAUAAUAGUAGAGUGAGUGAUUUAUUUCAGCUUUUAUUUCUUUCAUCACAUUCUCAGUGGGUCAGAAGUUUACAUACACUCAAUUAGUAUUUGUUAGCAUUGCCUUUAAAUUGUUUAACUUGGGUCAAAUGUUUCAGGUAGCUUCGCACAAUAAGUUGGGUGAAUUUUGGCCCAUUCCUUUUCAGUUCUGCCCACAAAUUGUCUAUAGGAUUGAGUUUAGGGCUUUGUGAUGGCCACUCCAAUACCUUGACUUUGUUGUCCUUAAGCCAUUUUGCCACAACUUUGGAAGUAUGCUUGGGGUCAUUGUCCAUUUGGAAGACCCAUUUGCGACCAAGCUUUAACUUCUUGACUGAUGUCUUGAGAUGUUGCUUCAAUAUAUCCACAUCAUUUUCCUACCUCAUGAAUGCUAUCUAUUUUGUAAAGUGCACCAGUCCUUCCUGCAGCAAAGCACCCCCACAACAUGAUGCUGCCACCCCGUGUUUCACAGUUGGGAUGGUGUUCUUGGUGUUUGACUGUGGAUAUAGAUACUUUUGUACCUGUUUCCUCCAGCAUGUUCACAAGGUACUUUGCUGUUGUUCUGGGAUUGAUUUGCACUUUUCGCACCAGACUGAGUUCUUUUGAUUUUCCCACGAUGUCAAGCCAAGAGGCACUGAGUUUGAAGGUCGGCCUUGAAAUACAUCCACAGGUACACCGCCAAUUGACUCAAAUGAUGUCAAUUAGCCUAUUAGAAACUUCUUAGGCCAUGACAUUAUUUUCUGGAAUUUUCCAAGCUGGUUAAAGGCACAGUCAACUUAGUCUAUGUAAACUUCUGACUGACUGGAAUUGUGAUACAGUGAAUUAUAAGUGAAAUAAUCUGUCUGUAAAAUUUUUUGGGAAGAAUUAAUUGUGUCAUGCACAAAGUAGAUGUCCUAACCGACUUGCCAAAACUAUAGUUUGUUAACAAGACAUUGGUGGAGCGGUUGAAAAACGAGUUCUAAUGACUCCAACCUAAGUGUAGGUAAACUGGCGACUUCAACUGUAGUUCUGUCUGACGAACUGCAUGCCACAGUGGUGUAAACAUUCAUUCCACCUUGCCUCUCAUACCUCACUAUCGUCCAAAAUACACAAAACAUUUCUAUAGGUCUACAGGACCUAUGGGUAGUUCCUUUUGGUUUCUAGGCCUAACCUCUUCCCCCAGCUAUAGUUCAAUAGAUGCAUUGUUUCACACCGAGAGAGAUGCGAUGUGGCCGCUCCUGCAUAUAGUCAUAGCCUCAAGUACUCUAUGUUCAGGGUGGCUCAUCAAGGUGUAAUGAGAUGUAUAACAUUAAAGAGUUUCCAAAGAGUUAA